CUUUACAAAAAAGGCAGGAUUGGGGUUCGAUUGUUUCAUUUCUUAUUUUAAGCAUGAAUCGGUAAAAUACACAGAUUAUUAACUAAGAGAAAAAAAAAUCAUAAAAACAAACAUGGCGUCACCGAGCGUCAUCGAAUUUGUUUAGUUUUUAGAACUUGCUAAAUUCUCACAAUAAUGAGAAUUAGACUGAAAUCGACUAUAGCUAUUUAAUAAUCAUAGAAAAAGGAUUAUGUGGUCGCGGCUGGGCCAGCGGCGCGUGGAUGUGCGGUGCGGUGCAGCGGGUCGCGGUUCGGGCGCGGGCAUGAUAGCGCGCGGCUCGCUGCUAUGAGCGGCGGCGGCGGCGGCGCGCCGGCACGCUACGUGUCCGUGAGCGAGCUGUACUCGGCCGACGAGGUGGAGCUGCUGCUGGAGGAGAUCCGCGAGCUGGAGCCGACCAGCUGCCGCGGCGAGGACCUGGCGGACUGCGAGAUCGCGGGCAGCGGCGCCGCGCGCUCGCCCGCGCCCACGGAGCGCUCGUGGGACUCGCACGCACACUACGCGCGCGCGCCGCCGCCGCCCGCCGCCCGCGCCGUGCCGCUGCACUGCCGCCUGCACUACCUGCUGGAGCGCGACGGGCUGCUCACGCUGCUCAUCAUCGUGCUGGGGCUGUCGUGUGCGGGGUGCGUGUGGGCGGUGGCGGGGCUGCGCGGGCGGGUGCCCGGCGCGCGCGCCCGCCUGCUGCUGCUGGGCGGCUUCUCCUCCGCGCUGCUGCACUCCGCGCUCUUCGUCAUGCACCUCACACACCUCACGCAGGUGCUGCCGCUGCGCUGGGACAAGCUUGCGAUGUGGACGGGGCUGUGGAGCGGCGGCGCGCAGCUGGGCGGCGCGCUGGCGCUGCUGGCCGCGCUGCUGUUCAGCGACGAGUACCAGCGCGCCGCGCCGCAGCCGCGCGCGCUGCUCUACUCCGCCGUGGGUCUGGGCAUGUGCGGCGCGGGCGUGUGCCUGUUCGUGGCGGCGGGCGUGCUGGCGGCGUGCGCGGCGGCGGCGCGGGCGCGCGCGCUGCCCACGGCCGCCUACCGCGCCGUGCCGCCGCCGCCCGCCCACGACGACCGCUUAUAGUGACCGCCCACACGCACAGGACGCUCUCAGUGCAGUGACUGCAGGCCACGACUAGCGCACAACCGAGCGGCCUCACUGAAGCCGCACUAAGCUGUGAAAAGCCCAAGGAAAGAGUUAUAUCUAAUUAAUGUUUAGAAAUGUAUGGAUAAAAUGAGCUGUAGUAGAUAACACUAGGGCCGGCCGAGUCCCAGGGAGGCCUCGCUGUUGUCCGAGACAAUACUUAAUUCAGAUGGUCCGAUACUGCAUCGUCCGAACGAAGUUAUCGGAGUCAACGUUAUGACUAAUGAUGCUCUGACUCGGAGUGCUGUGACUUGCAGUUACCAACGUAGUAGCGGCGGUGUAUUCAGGCUGCUCUAUGGUCAGUGUACGGAGCUUCGCUCGGACGGCGCGCACAUUAGGUGUUGUAAGUUUCCAAUUGACUUGAUAUAAAACUGCCAUUCGACUUCUGUCUGUCACGUCCAUUACUUGGUCUAGUCCACGAUCUCACGCUAGUUGUAUAAUUUCGCGAGCGGUGGACGUCGCAAGAUGAUUCCUCGUGUAGUUUUGAGCACAAAUUAGGUUAUGUUUGGUCUGAUAGGGAUUUUUAUAGACAGAUUUUAUACGAAGUUGUUGAUUGUCCUUGAUCCGUUGAGUCCAGCGCGUCCUCUUGUCCACGUUAUUAUAUAUUUUGAUCAGUGAACUAAAGUAAUUAUUACAGUUAUACACAAAUGUAAGCAAAGGGUAAAUGUCUAACUACGAUAAGCAUAAUAUUUAGCGUUACGUGAAGUGCGGUCGCACCGCUUGUACGGUCUGAGUGCGACUUGUUCAUUAUUCAUUAAUUAUUAUAGAUAAAUGUAUGGAAGAGUCUCGAGGUAUAAUAGCACGUUGUUGUAGGAGAUAGUGUUAUACAGUUAGUCAGACCGCAGCCCGCGACCGCCGCCCGGGCCGCCGCCGCCGCCGCCGCCGCGGGUCAGCAUAGAUGUCUGUGCCGUUCACACCAUUCGCAUGUCAGCAACCACUAUUGGAGUAAUGCCAGUAACCCAAUCCCAAGUCAUGGAAAUUAAGCAAAUGUUUUGGAAUGUAGCUAGCUAAAGGGCUAGCACGGGGCGCAUUUAAGAUGUGACAAAAGUUCUCCGUCGCGCUCGCUCGUGAUGUGAGUGAGCGCGAUGCAAAACUUUUGUCACAUCUUAAUUAAGCCCCGUGCUAGCAAUUCUGGUGUGGGCUGGCGAUGGCGCGGCGGCUCCCCGCCCCCUCUCCCCCCGCAGGCCACCGUCGACGUGACUCCGCGUCGCGUCAUACAUAUCACAGCCACGUUGCCGACCUCUCACUACACGCACCAACAACUACCUGGAAUUGAGAAUCGUGUACGCUUUCCCUCACUGUUGUAUCAUACUUAACUAUUUUGUAAAUAUUUAUUUUCUAAACUGACCAAAAAUUGAAAGCACCUUCUCACAUUAUGAUUGAUAUACCACUUGUUGUCCGACACGUUAUCUUCCAGUGCGUAUGUUUUACAUUGAUGAUUGUUUCAGGCAGUCCGCUUCUGUACUCGUCACUUUGUCUAGUCAUGUACAUUGUAUGUACAAUACCUGCGUAUUUACUUCGAUGUAUUUAUUGUAUAUUUUCUCGAGGACAUUGUAAAGUCUACUCCAUAGGUACCACCGGUGUUUAUAAUGUUUGAUCUCAGUCAAGAUUGUGCGAACGAUUUUUACUUUAAAAUUUUAAUAAUAAAUUAAUAUAUGGUUUUUAUACAAA